GGUCACAGUGAAUCACUUUGCAUAACUUUGUAUGUAUUGCACGCACACACUCACGCGCUUGUGUGUUUGAUGACCUAGCGGUGCCCCCCGCGCCUAACUAGUUGCUCGCAGUGUUUCGAAGCGGGAGGCCGCGCGGCGAAUAUCUCGAGACUAGGUAAAGAUGCCGAGAUACAAGAAAAGAAAGACCAGUAUAGGUCUAACCACUGAAGAAGAAAUGCGGAAUGCCCUACAAAUGAUACAAAAUGGGCAAAAAAUAAGAGCUGUUGCAAGAAUCACUAACAUCCCUUUCACAACUUUAUACAGAUACAACGAAAAAAUAAAAAAAUCAACCAACGAAGAUCCGUUAAGUUCGGAAAAGCUAACACCUAAUUACAGUGUGCGUAAAAUAUUUACUACAGACCAAGAAGAAGUUCUGGCUGAAUAUAUAGCAGAAUGUUGCAAAGUAUUUUAUGGUUUAUCUACUUUAGAUGCUCGCAAAAUUGUUUACGAAACCGCUGUCGUUAAUAAUAUAGAAGUACCUCAGAAAUGGCAUGAUACAAAGCAGGCAGGAGUUGAAUGGCUAUAUGGUUUUCGAAAAAGGUAUCCAAACAUCACUUUAAGGACACCUGAGGGGUGUAGCCUUAGUCGGGCUACAUCGUUCAAUAGACAUAAUGUCACUAUGUUUUAUGACAACCUAGAAACUGCAAUGUCUCGACACGAAAUGUUUGGGAAUGGAACUAGAGUGUAUAACCUUGACGAGACAAAUACUAUGACUGUUCAAAAAUCGGCUAAAGUUUUGGCAUUAAAGGGACAAAAACAGGUGUCAAAAGUCACAAGCGCAGAAAGAGGGACUCUGGUAACAACAUGUUAUAUAAUCAACGCGUUAGGAAAUACGUUACCGCCAGUAAUGAUUUUUCCGCGAGUGCACUUCAAAAAUCAUAUGCUGAAUGGUGCACCAACUGGAACACUAGGAUUGGCCACGCAAAGUGGAUGGAUGAAUAAGGAACUAUUUGUCAAAACAAUGAAACACUUUAUUACACACACAAAUAGCAGAAAAGACAACCCUAGUCUCUUGAUUUUAGACAACCAUGAGUCACACAUCAGCAUUGAAGCUCUUAAUUUAGCCAAAGAUAAUGGUGUUACUAUACUCACUGUUCCACCACACACAACAGGUAAGAUACAACCAUUAGAUGUUGGCGUUUUUGGCCCUUUUAAAACGGCAUAUAACAAAGCUGUUGACAGCUGGAUGAUGCGGAACCCCGGGAAGACCUUCUCCAUUUAUGAAGUAGCUGCGUGUGUUAGAGAAGCACAUAUGAAAGCAAUGACCCCAAAUAACAUAUGUAAUGCCUUUAAGGCAACCGGGAUUGUCCCCUUUAACAGAGACAUAUUUUCUGAUGAUGAUUUCGCGCCCAGUGAGGUAACAAACAGACUAUUAGAAAAAGAAAAUAUAGUGCCACCAGAAGAAGAAAGAUUAAACAAUGAGAAUGAUGUGAGAACAAGGACCCCAUCUCCAUCAAUAAUACAUAAUGAUACAAUAUUACACUCUAUUGACACCCCAAGUUCUUCAGUGAAUUUACUGUCUCAAGCAGUUUUACUGUCCGGUAAUAUAACGAGUGAAUAUCCUUCUGAAGAACACAUUUCUAUCCAACCAAACCGACUUUCCCAGCUCGCAUUGCAAGCAGUUUCCUCUACCAGAACUAGUCCAGCACCUUUGAAUAUCACAAUUGACAUAACAAAAUUUCAUCGCACACCAUCCAAAAAUCCCAGUCCGAUUCCAUCCUCAUCUUUAUGUUCUCUUCCUCCCUCCCCUCAUAAUUUACCGCAAAAAAAGUCGAUAAAUUCGGAGGUUUCCUCUCCAGCAUGCAGCAAAAGAACACCCAGUGUUAAAAAAUUCAUUAGUCCAUUCGAAUUUAAGGGAUUACCCAAAGCAGGACCACGAAAGAAAGGAAAAUCUGUUAUACGUAGAGGUAAAAGUAUGAUCGCAACAGAUACACCUUAUAAAAAUGAAAUAGAACAGAGAGCUGAAGAAAAAAAUAAACAAAAAAAUAAAAAGAAGUCUGUUAACGUAGUAAAAAGAAAAAUCUUAGAAAGCGACAGUGAUAGUGAAGAAGAGGAGCGUAUGAGUCUUUAUUCAGAGGAAGAGCCUACUUUUGAUGAAGACGAUGAUAAAAUUGAUGUUGUGGAUCCUAAUAACUUUCCUUUAUUACAAAAUUUGCCAGAAGAGGGAAGAUUUGUACUGGUCGAAUUUCAAGUGAGAGGGAAAAAAGUCUAUUAUGUAGCAAAAGUUAUAGGAAUAAUUAAUGAAGAUGUAGAAGUUAGCUUUCUUAGAAAGUCUGCAAAGAAUCCAAAUAAAUUUUGUUUGCCUAAUGUUCCAGAUAUAGCUACUGUUAAUAAAUAUGAUAUUAAACUAGUGUUGCCUCAGCCUGGAUUUAGUGGGAGUACUAAAAGAGUACAAGGGUUGUACCAAUUUGAUAUGGACUUCUCUAGAAUAGAUCUACGUUAAUUAGUUUUCUUUUCUACUCAUAAGAUGUUAAAUGUUUGUAGAAUAGAUCUGCGUUAAUAUUUUUUUAUGUUGAUUAUCUACUCAUAGGAUGUUAUUGUUGAGUUUUCUUUAUUAAAAUUUGAAUUUUAUGUCAAAGUGGCUAACAAAUUGCUUAUUAUAAAGUGUUCCUUAAGGGUAUUUUGACGGAUCUAGUCUACCUACUCAUAGUUAGUUUAUUUCAUUACUUUCAAAGUAUAAAAUGUUUACCUAAUUAAAUAUUGAAUAUCAUUGUUCAGUGAUUCAAUGUGAAGCACUAUUUUAGAAUUUAAUUUUUGUUGUCUUUUUGUUCAAAAACGGUAGUUACCUAGUUUAAUUUACUUAGAGUUUAAUUUUUAUUUAGAGGGAGUUCUUCAUUUGAUUUUGACUUGCAACAAUAGUGUUGCUCAACUGAAAGUAUUAUUUGAUCUCAUUACGCAAUAAAUAAUAAAUAUUGUGUCUA